AUGGCCGAUCAGGCCAAAUCAGCAGAUCCUGAGCUCAGGCCGACCGAAUACCCGGUCACAACAGCAGCAACACCCUUGUCAGAAGAGAAUGAGAAAACCAUCUACAAUGCCAAAGCUGAGACACUCAACCGCGCAAUCCAAGAAAUUGGCAUGGGUCGCUAUCAAUGGCAAUUGUUUAUUGUCAUCGGCUUCGGUUGGGCGAGCGACAACCUCUGGCCGAUUGUAACGUCACUAAUUCUUGCACCGGUGGCAUACGAAUUCCAAAUCAGCAAGGAAGCCUUCCUAACGCUGGCCCAAAACAUCGGGUUGCUCGUGGGUGCAGUAUUCUGGGGCUUUGGGUGCGAUAUCUUCGGUCGGACGUGGGCCUUCAACCUCACCAUUGGCAUCACGGCAGUCUUCGCCUUGAUCGCCGCGGGAUCGCCCAAUUUCGCUGCAGUCUGCACAUUUGCAGCACUGUGGUCUGUUGGAGUUGGUGGGAAUCUACCAGUCGAUUCUGCCAUUUUUCUUGAGUUUCUACCAGGAUCGCAUCAAUACUUGUUGACGGUUUUGUCAAUUGAUUGGGCGUUUGCGCAGGUUGUCGCGACUCUUGUUGCGUGGCCGUUGCUGGGUGAUUUGACGUGCUCCCAGGCUGAGGGUUGUACCAAGGGGAAGAAUAUGGGUUGGAGGUAUUUCAUGAUCGCGAUGGGUGGGUUGGCGAUGAUAAUGUUUGUCAGUCGCUUUCUUCUUUUCACUAUCUAUGAGUCGCCAAAAUACUUGAUGGGGAAGGGACGGAAUGAGGAUGCGGUGAAAGUGAUUCAUGAAGUGGCCCGACGAAAUGGAAAGACAACAUCUCUUACCCGAGAGAAUUUGGAUGGAUUAGAUCGCCAGGAACUUGAAUGUCAGUCUCGGGGAUUUCGCACGACAGGCAUUGUCCGUCAACGACUGGAGAAGCUGAACUUCGAGCACGUUCGCGCGUUAUUCGACAGCCCAAAGCGGGCGUACUCGACGACCAUGAUUAUUGUAAUCUGGGCGUUCAUCGGACUGGGGUAUCCUCUAUACAAUGCCUUCCUCCCAUUCAUUACCGCUCAACGUGGUGCCGAGUACGGCGAUGGAUCGACAUCUAUCACCUACCGCAACUCGUUGAUUAUCGCCGUAGUGGGCAUUCCGGGCUGCCUCCUUGGCGGCGUUCUAGUGGAGCUCCCUCGUUUCGGACGAAAGGGUGCUCUAUCCACUUCGACCGCGUUAACUGGCGUAUUCCUUCUUGCAUCAACUACUGCGUCCACGUCGAAUGCCUUGCUGGGAUGGAAUUGCGCAUUCAGCUUCAUGAGUAGCUUGAUGUAUGCUGUACUUUACGCAUACACGCCGGAGAUCUUUCUCACCAAGGACCGUGGCACUGGAAAUGCGUUGACUGCGUCUGCAAAUCGUAUUUUUGGCAUCAUGUCACCCAUCAUUGCCAUGUUUGCUAAUCUGGAGACUGCGGUCCCAGUGUAUGUCAGUGGAGCUCUUUUCCUUACUGCUGGAAUUCUGGUUGUGUUGAUGCCGUAUGAAUCCCAAGGAAAGGCAAGUCUAUAA